AUGUCCGUUUACAAGCUUCACGAUAUCGGUAACCGCAUGGUCGAGGCGGCGGACGAGCUCACGACCACCUUCGCCGAGUUCGCAACCGACGUGUUCAUAUCCAACGUGCGCCAUAGCGUCCCGAAUAUACCCCGAGGGCUGUCUUGGACCGCCUUCGUGAAGACGUGCCCGCCCUCACGUACUGAGAACGAAAACUAUCGCCCCGAGCCACGUACCGGACAGACGUUGAACACAAUCCUGUUUGCGCAACCCUCGUCUGUUACAAAACUCACUCAGCUCCUCAUCUGCGUCGUGCCAGCCGGCACCGCCUUUCCCGAGGGCGCCCUCACCGACCUCGCUUGCUUCGUCCUGAACAACAGGCACCUCCUGGACAAUGAGCAGCUCAAAAUUGUGGUCGCCGCGCGAGGCAUCGACAAUGACAGCCUCGACAAACGGCUGUCCCGCAUCCUCGACGAGUGUGCGACGGCAUUCGAGGACUCGGACCCUGCGCACAAGCACACUGUCCUCGGCCGACUUACUUGUCAGGGCAUCAGACCGCUGCUGCGCUUCGUAUUCUCCUCCCGUGGCUUCAAGUCCGCGCAAGACCUAGCCACCGCAUUCGGCAUGGGUCACUGCAAGGACGGGUAUCGGACGGGGGGCGCCAACGUCCAGCGCCGCGCGUCGCGGACCAGCACGCGCAGCAUCAAGCGCGGUAGCCAGCUCUUCGCUCGCAGGGAGGAGUACGACCUUCACGGUGCCUACUUCGUCGAUGAGAACGGACUCAUCAUGGACAUCCAACGCUGCGCCGCAGAGCAAUGCGACUGGCGUCGCGGACUGACGGCUCUUGGCUUCGUGAAUCUCGUGUAG